CCAUCCUACACUUGUUGUUAUCCAACAACAUCAUUACAUCCACUAUCUUUUCAUUCCCAAAAAUUCAUUCGAUUUUGAUUCGUCCAUCCAUCAACAACCAACCAUCAUAAACAAUCGAUAAUAUCGACACAAUCGUCAUUCGUCGAUUCGAAUCAUUCUUUUGUUGACGUCGUUAAUCUCUGUGUUAACAUCGUUUCUGUGUUUUUUUGGCUUGGAUAUUCUUCCCAAUUGAAUUUGAUUUGAGCAAAAUUCUCCAUUCGAAAAAAAAUCAUCAAAAAUUAACAUUUUUUUGCUGCAUGAACAGCGACGACGAUAAAAACCCAGAUUCAACGCGUCACUCUCUCUCUCUCUCUCUCUCUUCAGCUACUUCAAUCAACCAUUCCAUAUAGCAGUUUGUUGUUGUUUGGUUUGUUUUGAUUUGUUGGCAAUUCGGUUUUAUUACAUUCCACCAUCAUCAUCAUCAUCGACAGCAACAAGUGCCUGUUCUGUUGCUGCCUUGUUGUCCAGUUUUUUUUUCAUUUCACUCAAGUCCAGUGUCCAAUCCUACAGUGGAAGCAAACUUUUUUCUGUGUUUUUUGGCCAACUAACACCGAUUGUGUAUAUACACUGAAAACUGAACUGAACUGAAAGCUUUGUGUGCCUGAUGAGUAAAAAAAGCUCUCUCUCUUGUGUUGACUGAUAUUUUUCUUGGUUCUGUUUUUGGUUGGCCAUUUUUGUUUGUUUCUGCUUCUUCUUAUUUCAUCAAGUUUUGUGAAAAAAAACUUUGCGUUUUUCGUCAGGAAUUCUUCUCCGCACGUGUCUUUAUCUGGUUUUUGAAGAAUUUUUCAAGUUAAGAUCCACAAAAAACAAUAUCCACCAACAUUAUGGAUUAUAAUGGUAGUAUGGGUGAUGGUAAUAAUAUAAAUAAUGGUGAUUAUAUUGAUGCACCAUGUCCACGUUUAUGUCAUUUAAUAAAAUGGCCAGAUUUUAAUGGUUAUGGUUUUAAUUUACAUGCUGAAAAAACUAAACAAGGACAAUAUAUUGGUAAAGUUGAUGAUGAUUCACCGGCAAUGUUAGCCGGUUUACGUGAAGGUGAUAAAAUUAUUGAAGUAAAUUUUGUUAAUAUUUGUAAUGAAAAUCAUCGUCAAGUUGUUGAACGUAUAAAAUCUAUAACAAAUGAAACAAGAUUAUUAGUUAUUGAUGAUUAUGGUGAUCGUUGGUAUCGUGAACGUAAAUUAAUAAUAAAAUCCACACAAUCGAAUGUUAUUUGUUAUCGUACACCAAUACCAAGACCAUUACAACAAGGUAUAUUACCAUUACCAUUAUCAUCAUCUGAUCCAAUGAUACAAAUACGUCAACCAUCUUCAUUAAUAAAUCAACAACAACAACAACAGGCGGUCAAAAAUGAAUUGAAUCGUCGUAAAUCAUCAUCAGCAUCAUCAUCAACGACAUCAUCGACAACAACAUCGUCAUCGAAACAAGAUAAUAAUACGGGCUUAAAUAAUAAUAAUAAUAAUCCACAACAAAAAAUUGAUAAUAAUAAUCGUACAGCAAGUAUAACAUCAUCAAUCGAUUCAUCAGCAUCCGCAUCAUCAUCAUCAUCAUUGUCAUUAUCGUCAUCAACAUCAUCAUCGAAGAACAACAACAACAAUCGUAACAAUAUUAAUGGAUCACCCAUUUCAAAUAAUUCUGAAUCAAAUUUAAAUAAUAAUAACAAUGAAAUUGAUGAGAAAAAGUUACAAUCGAAUGGAACAACAACAAAACGUAUUGUAUCGAAUGAUAAUAAUGGUGGUGGUAAUGUUAGUAGUGGUAAUGGUGGUAAUUCAACAGAAUUAAAUCUUAAUAUGACAGCAGCCGAAAUGCGUCAAUUAAUUGCACAACGUAAAAAACAGGAUAUUAAAAAAACACAAAUUGAUUUAAAGAAAAAAUAUGAAAUUAUACAACAAAUGUAAAACAAACAAAACAAAACGAACGAGAUUUGAUUGAUUUCUUUCAAAUUCAAUGACAAACAAUUUUUCGUUGUCUGUAUGGUUUUUGUUGUUGUUUUUUUUGCGGUGACAAAUGAAUGAUAUAUAUAGGAGAAAAUAUGUAAUUUGUUACAGGUUUUUUACCUUGUUAUUAAUUUUUUUUUUUUUUGUUAUGUAUAAUUCUUUUCUUUCUUACUUUUUCAUUCAAAACAUUUCCAAAUGACUGAUGACAUUGAUAAUCGACAGCACACACACACACACACAUUUAAACACUUGAAUAAACACACACAUACAUCCGUUACAAAAUGUGCCAUCAUCCAUACUGAAUGAGAAAAUAUUGAACAAAGCACAAGGAUUUUAUUAUUGAAUUGAAUUGAAUUCAUAAUCAUUUUAUCACUUUUUCAUAGAAAUCUCAUCAAAAAAAACACUG